AUGUACAGUCUCAGGUCACUAGAGGAAAGACAGGAAGGGCAUCCUUCCAAGCAGACAGAGCAAGAACUGAAUCAUGUUUCUGAAACAGAAUUGAGCCUGGAGUCCAAGUUUCUUCCUCACCCUGAAGAGCAGGAAUAUCAGGAGCAGUCCCUUGAUGACAAAGAUACCAUCUUGAUUUCAUCAGAACCAGAGGAUAAUUUUGAGGAUGGGGCCAUGCAUCACAUCCUAAGAUUACGAAAUUCACUUGGCUGGGAGACAGUAUUGCCAAAUGAUGGACCAAGUCUCAAAAUCCGUACUGCUCAGUUUUUGACAAUAAAUCAGCUACAGGUGGAUGUCAUGACAUCAAAGGAAGACACUGGUGAUUUUGUGUACUGUCUCUCAAGGACUCGGAAUGACCCAAGAGCUCGCUAUGAUCCUUACAAUCUACAAGUUGUUUCUGCAAAAACAGCCAAAUCCUAUAAAACAUACUGGACAAUUAGUGCAUCCCAUGUUUCCAAGGUCACCUCUAUAACUGAAAAAGAUGGAAUAGAAACCAUUUCGGUAUUGGAUUGGUUGCUGGAACGAUAUCUUUUUUACAAGAUUCAUCAACUGCCUGUCUUUGUGAAGUUCAGAAAAUGGAAGGCUUUCAAUAUUUGGAAGGUCAAUGUCCGCAGCUCAAAGACCAGCAGAAGUAGAAUGAUUAUGACGAAGCAACUGUUUUUUGCCGAUGUGAUCUUCAUGCGCUGCCUAUAUUACAUACAGGCAUUGUGUGAAGCAGCCAGCUCAAGUAAUGGAGGUCUAGGAUCUGCAGAGAGUGCCAUUGUUUUUGUGAAACUGGACAGAAAUAACUCCUAUUCCUGCGAGGAGUUUGCUGAAAUUCAGAGUGAGCAACGUAAAUAUGCACUGAAACAACUUUGCGACCUCAGAUACAAGAUAAUUCAGUCUGUCAAAGAGACCUGUUUGCAGAAAGCCACAGCAGAAGGAUUCAGGAAGUUAUUUACAGCAGAACCCAGCAAUUUGAGUGAGAGGCCAACAUUUACUGAGAUUGUGGAGUCAAGACCCCUCCUCAUGGUGUUCAUCAGGUUCCUGAAACUGGUAGAUCACCUCUUCCAAGAGCUUAUCAGUCGACUGGUGAAAACUGCUGUCCAGCUAUUACUUGAAGCCAUAACUGCUUCAUAUGCGGUGACUUCAACAGAUGCAAGAAGAAAUGAGCAACUGCUGAGCACGUUCCCACAUGGAAUAAGGGCACACCUGGACAGGCGCCUCCAUAAUAUACUGGGUGAUUCAGAGACUUCUUCUCAGGACUAUAAAACAAACAAAGGAGUAGAUACAAAUGAAAGCAAACCUGAGGAGCUCGCUGAUCAAGGUGCAAUGCAUAUAGAUCAGCUCACUAAACUGCAGAAUUUGAUAAGUGCCUCAAUGGUGGAAGUAACACAGUACAGCAGAACAUUUGAGCAAUACUCUGUUAUGGUGGAUCAGGCCAUGAAUCUGGAUCUUGAAGCUUUAAUAAGGCAGCAGGAGUGGAGCCCAGUGGAAUUCAGAAGCAUGUUGGAGGUUUACACAGAAUAUGUCAUGAGUGUAAGAAACAUGACAGUGGAGAGAAGGGUCCGGUUGGUGAAGGUGGUGAGCCAGCAAUAUCAGGCGGACUGCUUUCCCUAUUUGGAAAUGGUGACCCAUGAACUGCAUAACCACCUGAAGAACACUGCUUACAAAAAGUCUAGUGAACUGCUAAGUGUGAUUGAAGAAGCUCAGCAGAAUCUCAGUAAGGAACCAGAAACCAUUGACAUGUUUGGGGAACACUUGCUGUUCCUGUCUCGAAUGGAGAUAGAAUUGCCCAAAUUGGAGAGAAAGUUUCAAACUGUGACUCAGCUGUAUGGUAUUGCCAAUGAAUAUGGUGUCUCCAUCCCUCCUGAAGAAGUGGCACUCUAUCAAAUCCUGGUUCCAACUUUCCACAGCCUGAAAUCCAACAUCCUCUACUUUGAGGCCAUAAAAGAAAGCAACGUCAAAAAAUUCAGUGCAAACCUGGAGAGAGACAUCAGUAACCUUUACAAUGAUCUAAUGCAAGUUAAAUAUAAGGUGAGAAAUCCUGCUCUCCUCCAGGCUGCGACCAGUCCACACAAUGCCCUGGAGACCAUCAAUGCUCUGAUACUGGAAGUCUCCUCAAUUGCCGGCAGGGCACGAACCUACAGCAACUAUCAAGAUCGCUUCUGCAGCUCAGGUAGCAUAGUCUGCUCUAUCAUUACCAUUUCUGGGUCAAUGCAGAAAUGGCCAGGAAGGGUGAGCAGCCAGUCGCUGAAAGCACUGCUGUCUGAGACUGAGUACGAGUUGAUGCUGAUGAAGUUGCUGAGGGAAUCGGAGAAGGAUUGGAAGAAUCUGCUUGCAAACUGGAUGGAGACCUGGUUUGAUGAACUGAACGUUGAUGCCAUUCAAAAGGAUGUCAACAGAUUCACACAGACAAUAUAUUUGCUGGAAAAAGGAUUGCCACCAAAUGAUAGCGUUCCUCUUUUGAAGCAGGCAGUGUUUGACUUUAAAGAGAUGUUGCCAAUCAUUAUGGCCCUGAGGAAUCCUUGGCUGGAAUCCCAGCACUGGGACACCAUUGAGUAUACAGUUGGGCGCUCAAUCAAGGAUAAACACCUCACGCUGGAAAAUUUCAUGAAGCUCAGGGUGUUCCAGCAUAAGGAUGUGAUUGUUAAUGCAUCCAGCUUAGCUACCAAUCAGGCAACGCUGAGAAGCAUGCUGAAAGAAGUCAUUAUGCAGUGGAAACAAACCAGCUUCAAGCUGGUGAGUCACCAGCUCGAGACCUCCACUGUACUGAUUAUUGGGUCCACUGAAGAGGUUAUUACUCAGCUGGAAGAGAGUCUAAACAUCAUCUCCACCAUUAAGAGCUCCCGUUAUAUGGGACCAUUUGAGAAUGAGGUGAUUGACUGGGACCAUAAACUGACCCAGAUGGCACUUACGUUAGAAGAGUUGAUGACCUGUCAGCGAAACUGGCUCUACCUCAAGCCCAUCUUCCAAGCAGCUGACAUCCAGAGGCAACUAGUAACAGAGACCAAACUCUUCGCCCAGAUUGAAGUAACAUGGAAUGAGUUGGUGAUGCGAGUUCAGAAAAACUCAAAUAUCUUGAAGAUUACCAGUACAGCAGGGAUCCUGGAGCUCCUGCAGGCCACCAAUGCUAACCUGGAAAAAUUACUGAAGUGUCUGGAGGAUUACUUAGAAGCUAAGCGGAUUGCUUUCCCACGUUUCUACUUUCUCAGCAAUAAUGAUCUGCUGGAUAUCUUGUCUCAGAGCAGAAAUCUUGAUGCCAUACAGCCUUACUUGGCAAAAUGCUUUGAAAAUAUCAGGUCUUUGGAAAUCAGCAGUCAGUCUGCUAGACCUCCUGUUGUGUUAAUGGUCAAGUCUGCAGAAAAUGAAAAUCUGCCCCUGCUAAGGAAUGUUCGGAUACGGGGACCUAUUGAAAGCUGGCUGGGUAACAUGGAAAGUGCAAUGUUCGAAGCUGUGAGAAAGCAUCUCCAGAUGGGAGUAACCGACUGGGGAUCAACACAAUUCAAAAAGUGGGUGCUGUCUCAUCCAGGGCAGGUAGUCCUCACCGUGAGCCAGAUAAUGUUCAACCGAGAUUGCAUGAACUGCUUCAGUGGGACCAAGCCACAAAGCCAGCUACAGGAAGUCCAUCUAGAGCUGAUGAAUAGGCUUGAUAUGUUGGCUGAGCUCGUGUGUGCACCUCUGCGACCCUCCCAAGAGACAGUGUUGGAGAGUCUGGUAACCAUCAAUGUACACUGCCGUGAUGUGCUGGGUGACAUAAUUGUUAAGAAGGUCUUCAAAACAGAAGAUUUUGAGUGGACCAGGCAAUUGCGUUAUGAAUGGAACACGCAGAACAACUCUUGCUACGUCAUGCACGCCAAAAGCUCCUUCAUCUAUGGCUAUGAGUAUCUUGGCUGCUCUCCCCGAUUAGUAAUCACUCCACUGACUGACCGCUGCUGGCUAACUCUGACUGGAGCCCUGAACUUCAACCUUGGAGGCUUGCCAUCAGGACCAUCAGGGACAGGCAAAACAGCAACAGUCAAAGACCUCGCUAAAGCCCUGGGAAAGUUUUGUGUUGUCUUCAACUGUUCCAAAGGCCUGGAUUACAAGAUGAUGGCGAAUUUGUUCUCUGGAGUAGCUCAGUCUGGAGCAUGGAUUUGCUUUGAUGAGUUUAAUCGGAUUGACGUGGAAGUCCUGUCUGUAACUGCCUCACAGAUCCAAACAAUUAAGGCAGCCAAGGACAGUGAAGCAAUGAAAUUUGUGUUUGGAGGCAGAGAAAUGCGGCUGAAUAUGUCUUGUGGUUUCUUUGCAACCAUGAAUCCUGGGUACAAGGGCCGUGUUGAGCUGCCAGACAACCUAAAGUCCCUGUUUAGACCAGUUGCCAUGAUGGUGCCUGACGCCAAGCUCAUUGCUGAAGUCACGUUGUUCUCUCAGAGCUUUAAGUCAGCCAGGUCUCUCUCUGGAAAGGUCAUCAAUCUUUACCAGCUGGCCCGCCAGCAGCUUUCUCAGCAGGACCAUUAUGACUUUGGAAUGCGGUCUGUGAAGUCUGUAUUACUGCUGGCAGGGAAGAGGAAGAGAGCAUUGGAGAUUAGUGGUAGUCACAUGUCGCUGAACCACACUGAUGAAUCACACAUUCUCAUCAAUGCACUAAAGGAUGCAAAUCUGACCAAGUUCCUGGCUGAAGAUGUGCCCUUGUUUGGAAGCAUUCUGAAUGACCUAUUCCCAGGACUGACUCCACCCAACGAUGAAACCCUUCUUUUGCAGAAAGCGAUAGGCAUUGCAACAUUGGAGCUGGGCUUCCAGAGCUGCCCAAACCAAGAGGAGAAGAUAAUCCAACUGUACAGUCAGAUUCUGGUACGUCAUGGCGUGAUGCUGGUGGGCCCCACCUGUGGCGGUAAGACGGUAGCUAGGAUGAUUCUGCAGAAGGCCCUGGUCAUCCUGCCAGGACUUGUUCCAGAGGCCAUGGCUGAGGCCAAAUCACCCUCGAGUUCCAUUGGUAAGAAAGGCAAGGUGGAGACCUUCACUGUGAAUCCCAAGUCCAUCAGCCUUCGAGAGCUCUAUGGGUAUCUGAACCCAAGUACAAUGACCUGGACUGAUGGUCUAUUGGCACAAGCAAUGCGAAAGUUUGCCAAAGACCUUCACAAAGAUCAUGGCCAUGAUUGGCGGUGGAUAAUCAUGGAUGGCCCUGUGGACACAGUCUGGAUUGAAAACCUCAACACGGUGCUGGAUGAUACAAAAACCCUGUGCCUAUCUAAUGGGGAACGCAUCAGUUUUCCGCCUGGCAUGAGGCUCCUGUUUGAGGUGGACAGCCUUUCCCAAGCCAGCCCUGCCACUAUCAGCAGAUGUGCCAUGGUCUAUAUGGACCCAGUUGAUCUUGGCUGGCAACCUUACGUGAGGACCUGGCUGGCCAAGCUCCCAGAGCAGCUGCCUCAGGGUGGCAGAGAGUGCCUACAGACCCUCUUUGACAAAAGCAUGUCAGCGGGCCUAUGCUUUGUGAGGAAGUGGCGACAACUGUGCCAGUUCAAUGUGCCAGAGCUGGGCAUUGUGAUGACUCUUUGCCGCAUUCUCCAAGCUCUUCUGGACUUCCUGAGCAGGAAUGGUGGUUUUGGAGCAGGUGUUUCUGCUGGCUUUAAUGAAGAAGUCAGUGACCCCAAAGGGCUCUCCAUGAUGAUAACCCCUGAGGAAAGUCCAGGUGGACAAGACAAUGAGGCCAGCUCUGGAUCCGGACCUUUGAGUACGAAAAUCCCUGGAGAUCAGCAGUGGUUUUUACAGAAGCAACCAAACCAGCUUCCCUCACUGCUGGCAAAGCUCUACGUCUUUUCCUUUACCUGGGCAGUUGGUGGCUGCUUGAAACACGAGGAUGAUUGUGAGGAGGAUGACCUGGUCGGAGUCAGUGACAGAGUCAAAGAGGACAUGGCGAUUAAGGUCACGCUGGACUUCAACACUUUUGUCCAAAAGAUGUUCGGGGGGAAAUCAGAAUCCUCGGUUCAGUUUCCUCCUGGGAAGGCCACUGUCUUUGAAUACUUUAUGGAUAUGCAAACAGGGAAAUAUGUAACCUGGGACAAGCUGGUUCCACCCACCCAGACAUUAAUUUCUAAAGGGGCCCAUUUAGCAAGUCUUGCUGAGCCAAUAAUUCCUGAACCUCCCAGAUCAAAGCCAACUAUUCAAGGUCUUGUGCAUACAGUAGACACUGUGCGAUAUUCUUUCCUCAUCAGCCUGCUGUUGCUCAAUAAGUGCCCCGUGCUGCUAACAGGUGAAUCAGGCAAUGGAAAAUCCGCACUUAUUCGGGAAAUGCUUUCAACGCUUGAGAAAUCAAAAGGCUCAUUGAUCCAGUCAGAGACCAUCCUGGGCAAUGUCUUCCUUUACAAUGAGAUGAAACAUGAAAGCCUGGUGUCUGGCCUCACCCAGAUGUUUGAGGGCUUCAACAGGAAAAUAGACAAGAGUACUGCCUGCAUUGAUGGAGAUGCCUCCGACUUAAUUUGCAGCGGUACAGGUGUGGAAUUGGCUAAGAAGCACAUUGCUCAGGCAGCCACCCUGUCCAGUCGUGAAAACAAGGAGGUGAAGUUUGGCGCCGUGCUGAUGAGUACCCAGACCACUUCAGCCCAAACCCAGACUCAGAUCCUAAGCAACCUGGUGAAGAGAAGCAGGAGCAGGCGGAGCGCGGAGAGAAACAAACAGGUGAUUGUGUUUGUCGAUGACCUGAACAUGCCUGCUGUGGAGAAGUAUGGAGCUCAGCCUCCGCUUGAGCUAAUCCGUCAAUUUCUUGACCUCGGUGGAUUCUUUGAUGUUAUGAAUCUAAAGUGGCUGCAAGUGGAGGAUUUGACCCUGGUGGCAGCUUGUGCACCUCCGGGUGGUGCACGGAGUGAGCUCAGUCAACGUUUGCUCAAACACUUCUGCACCUUCACCCUGCCCCAGCCCUCAACCAAGUCAAUGCAGCACAUCUUCCAGGUUAAAGUUGGCUGUUAUCUGGAGAGCCAUAACUUCAUGCCAGUCGUCCAGAACUGCAGGAAGCAGUUGGUAUCUGCUGCGAUUAGCAUGUAUUACAAAAUGUCUUGGUACAUGCUACCCACACCAGUCAAUCCCCAUUACACAUUCAACAUGAGAGAUUUGGUGAAGGUGAUCGAUGGCCUACUCCGAGCUGACGAAACAGACAUUGUCUCCAAAAACAAGGCAGUGGUUCUCUUUGCACACGAGGUGACCAGAGUUUUCCAUGAUCGGCUCAGUAAUACAAAGGAUAGGCAGAUGUUUUAUACCUUCCUCUCGGAUGAUCUCCACAACUACUUCAAGAGCAAAUUGAGUCCAGCCGACCUGAUUGACAGCUGCUUCUUGUUUGGUGACUUCCUGGAUCUGCAAGCGUCUAGUGACAGCAGAGUUUACCAACAGAUCACAGACUGGGCCAGACUGGAAUCGGUCUUGGAGCAGUACCACCUGAGGCAGAGCCUAGGGAACAUGAAGGUCACUCCGCCUGUGUUCUUCAAGGAGGCAGUGGAGCACAUUGUCAGAGCUGUUCGGGUCUUCACCCAGCCCAGCGGCAACCUCAUGAUGGUUGGCUUGGACAACACUGGCAAGAUAACCAACUCCUCUCUGGCCUGUUAUAUAGCAGACUGUGAGCUCUUCAGACUCUCCAUCGGACAUAAUUAUAACCACAGUGACUUCAGAGAGGACCUGAAGAGAGUCUUCAAGCAGACCGGUGUCCAUGGAGUCAACACUGUCCUCUUGCUGACAGAUUUUGACCUCCUCAAGGAUUCAUUCCUGGAGGACCUGAACUGCUUGGUGAACUUGGGGCAGGUGCCGGGUCUCUUUGAAAGUCAGGAGUUGGACAAUGUCAUCAUGGAGCUGAAGAAAUAUGUGUAUGAAGGCAACAUCUCUGACAACAAGGAAGCUCUGUACCAUUUCUUCCUGCAGCGUGUACACGACAGGUUGCACAUUGCACUGGCUCUAAGCACAACUGGCCCGAUGUUUCGCCAGCGCUGUCGGAUGUAUCCUUCCCUUGUCAGCUGCUCCACCAUUGACUGGUAUGACCUGUGGCCAAAGGAGGCUCAGCUCAAGGUGGCCAAUGCGUACUUCGCACAUGCAGAGUUUGUGGAGAACUCUGCAGUAUUGAAGGAAAAGGUGGCCACGGCUUGCGUUGACAUUCACAACAGCGUUUCAGUGGCAUUGGAGCAAAUGUGGCAGCAGAUGAGAAGGCACUACUACAUCACCCCCAGCAAAUACAUGGAGCUGAUACGCACAUUCUCCAAUCUGCUUACAACCAAGAAGAAGAAGAUCUUGAACUCAAGAAAUCGCUUUGCCAAUGGUCUAGAUAAACUAUCAGAGGCUAGCUCACUGAUUGGUGUGAUGCAGGAAGAACUGGUGCCACUAGGAGCACAGAUAGAGAAGAAAACCAAGGAAGUUGAACAGUUAAUGAAGAAACUUCAGGAUGACACUGAUGCUAUGGAGGAGGUUCGAGCUAUAGUCAAACAGGAGGAGGAGAUUAUGGCUGAGGAGACACGAGUUGUGCAGGAUUACGCCGAGCAGGCAACCAGUGAGCUGAAAAAUGUUCUUCCCAUCCUGGGCCAGGCCAUUAGUGCACUCCAAGCACUGGACAAGAGCGACAUUUCAGAGAUCAGGGUUUACAACAGCCCACCCACUCUGGUCCUGACUGUAAUGAAUGCCGUGUGUGUGCUGCUGCAGAAACCACCCCAGUGGGCAACAGCGAAAUUACUGCUCAGUGACCCUUCCUUCCUGAAGCACCUGCUCAGCCUAGACAAGGACAAAAUACCUGAGAAGGUGUUCUUGAAAUUAAAAACUUAUUCGAAGCAGCCUGAUUUCAGCCCUGAGCGAGUGGGUAAGGUUUCGACUGCCUGCCGCUCCCUCUGCCAGUGGGUGCUGGCGCUGGAACAUUAUCAUGAAGUCCGCAAGGAUGUCAUGCACCCGGUCAGAGACAUCCCGGACCCUGGCACCCGGGCAGUGGAGCCAAAGCAGCAGAAAGUGGUGGACGCCCAGGAAGUUCUUGUAAUCGCCAGGAGUAACCUUCGAAAAAAGAAUACAGCCCUGAAGCUGGUUGAGGACCAUCAGCUGUCACUACAACAGGCCUUCAACAAAGCCUUGGAACAGAAGGAGGCUCUGGCUGCCCGCAAGCUGCAGACCACCCACAGGCUGUCACGGGCUUCACUCCUCAUCACAGCCCUCGCCAAUGAAGAGAUCCGCUGGAAGGAGUGUCUCGAUGACCUGGACCGCUGUCUGUUGUCAAUAGUGGGUGACACUCUGCUCUCGGCCGCUUGCAUCACCUACUAUGGCCCAUUCACUGCUAACUACAGACAGAGCCUGCUGAACCAAUGGAAAAGCUUCUGUACAGUCAUCCAAAUCCCAGUCUCACCCGACUAUGCACUGAUCCCAGCUACAACCGAAAAGAAUGAGGUUCGCAAUUUGCAGAAUAGGGGUCUGCCUCCUGACAAUUACUCAACAGAGAAUGCCAUCCUGGUGAAGAUGGGCGAACACUGGCCCUUACUCAUUGACCCACAGGGACAGGCUAUCAGAUGGAUCAAAAAGAUGGAAGGAGAGGACCUGUGCGUCCUUUUGGCCACACAUCACAAUUACAUGAACAAGAUGUCGAACGCCAUUCGCAUGGGGCAUCCAGUCCUAUUGCAUGAUGUCACUGAACAGCUGGAUCCCUGUCUGAGACCAAUUCUCUUGCGGAACAUUUGUACUCGGGCAGAACAGGACUUCAUCAAGAUUGACAACACAGAAAUAGAGUACAACCCCAACUUCAGGUUGUACAUGACCACCCGCAUGUCCAACCCAAACUUCCUGCCAGCCGUCUGCAUCCUGGUCACACUAAUUAACUUCACAGCGACAUUUGAGGGGCUUCAGGAGCAACUGCUGUCCAGGGUGGUGAAACGGCAGCAUCCUGAGAUGGAAGAGAAGCUCGGGCAGCUGCUGCAUAGCACUGUCCACGACAUGGGCACCCUGCAGGACCUGGAGAACAGGUCGCUCUCCCUAUUGCAGAAGUCUGAGGGGCACAUCUUAGAUGACCAGGACCUCAUUGAUACCCUUCAGAAGUCAAAAGACAUGUCCAAAGAGAUAAAACUUCGCAUUGAAGCCUCGGAGGAGAAUGAAAAGAAAAUCACAGCUGCUUGCCAGAAGUACCUUCCUGUGGCAACACGAGGUUCCAUUUUGUACUUCGUGAUUGAUGAAUUGUCGCAGCUGAACUGCAUGUACCAGUUCUCUUUGCACUGGUUCAUGAAGAUAUUCGCUGAGUCUGUGGGUGACAUUCACAAGCCACUCACAAGGAUGCCACAGUCGGGCACAAGUCAAAGUGCCUCUUUGCAACAAUCCAGAUGGUUCAGAAGUUCUACCAGCACACCACUGCACUCCAGCUUCAACUCCUUCCUCCAGAACAUGAUCAAAAUACUUACCAAGAAUGUUUACAAGCUGGUCCGGUUUGCCAUCUUCACGGAUCACCAGCUCUGCUUCUCCUUUAUGCUGUGCACCAGCAUCAUGCGGAUGAACAAGAUGGAGGAAGGUGGCCACAGCUCCAUGGGAACCCUGCCAGAGGCUGAGUGGCAGAUCUUCCUUCAUUCAGAAGUGCUGGCAAAAGUGGACCAUGGACAGAGAUCCCAGGACACACAGAGUCUGGAAGAGAAUAAAUGGUUUAAGCAAAGUGGUGAUGCUCAGUGGAUGUCUGAAGCCAUCUGGAGUCAGUGUCUGUACAUUACCACUCAGCUGACCCCCUUUGCGCUCCUCUGUAGAUCCCUCAAUAGCCAGCCUCAGCAGUGGGAAGACUUCCACCAGGCUGAGGAACUCCACCACUUCCUGAAAACUCCUUUCCGCAAACAGAUGCCACUCUCAAAGCCAGGUUUGAGCUCACAAGGAAUUAGCACUGGAUUACACCGUGUGAACACCGAACCUGAGGACACAAUUUUCCCUUGGGAACUUCUGAGUGCAUUCCAAAGGCUUAUAUUGAUAAAGAUCUUGAGGCCGGAGUGUUUGACAGCUGCUGUGAGUACGUUUGUUGAGGAGAAGCUGGGUCCUGAUUUCCUCCCAAGCCCUGCUGUCUACUUCAGGGAUGUUUUUGAUGAAACCGAUGCCUCUACCCCCCUCAUCUUUCUUUUGUCACCAGGCACUGACCCCAUUGCCCAGGUACUAAGGUUUGCCAAGGAGUUCAGAGGCAGCACAGCCCACCUGGACACAGUGUCACUGGGCCAGGGGCAGGGGCUAGUUGCCGAAGAGCUGAUCCACAAGGUUCAGGUCGUAAAGGGGCACUGGGUCUUCCUACAGAACUGUCACCUGGCCGCCUCCUUCAUGCCAACACUGCAGGCCAUUGUAGAAUCGUUCAAGCAACCAGGUGUAAAUCUGGAUCCUGACUUCAGGCUCUUCCUGAGUUCCAAAUCGGACCAGACAUUUCCCAUCUCCAUUCUCCAGGAUGCGAUGAAGGUCACGGUGGAGCCACCAAAAGGCCUCAAAAACAAACUGCUGACAGCCUAUGGAAGCAGCGGCUUGAGGGAGGUCGCAGAGCGGAUCUACAGGAGGGCGAAUUCAAAGCUGGGCUGGAGAAGACUGCUCUUUAGCCUCUGCCUCUUCAAUGCCGUGAUUCAGGAGAGGAACAAAUAUGGUGCACUGGGCUGGAACCUCCCGUAUGAAUUCUCCUCUACUGACUUGGAGGUAGCCAUCCUGAAUCUUGAGAUACUCCUGCAGGAUGAAACGGAGAUCCCGUGGGAAGCCCUACGUUACCUGACCGGGGAGGUGGUGUAUGGAGGUCGUGUCACUGACCACUGGGACCGGCGGUGCCUCAACAGCAUGCUGAGCAGAUUCUACAGCCCAGAGAUCCUGCAGCAAGGCUUCAGCUUCUCCACUGAUGGGGUUUACACUAUGAUUGCUGAGAACAGGAGCUUGCACCAGUGUAUAAAGUACAUGGAAACUCUACCCAUCACUGACUCUGCGGAUAUCUUCGGCAUGCACACCAAUGCAGAGAGUGCUUAUCUAGAGAGCCAAGCCAAGGAGUUCAUGACCACCAUCAAAAACAUGGAACCCACGCUCAGCAGUGGAGUGCAGACUCUCAGAGAGCAGCGCAGCCAGGAUGAAAUAGUGCUGGAAAGAGUGGAAGGAAUCCUCAGGAAGUUGCCUGAAACAGUGGAGGACGUUCAUGGAUUGGAAAGCAACAUAACAGACCUAGCCCACUUGUUUGCAUCAUCCAGCUGGGCAUCGCACGUGGCAUCUGUCAAAGGGUUUGAUUGCUUGGCAAACUUGGCACUGCUGGCGGUGCUGCGGCAUGAGGUCAACUGCUACAACCAGCUGCUGCAAGUAGUUAAUUCCUCACUGCACUCCCUAUGCCAAGGGGUGAAGGGGAAGAUUAUCCUGACCCCCACACUGGAGGAGAUGUACAACUGCUUCCUUAGCCUCAAGAUGCCCAAACUUUGGCAGCUCCAUUCAUAUGACUCAUGCAAGCCUCUUGGGUCAUGGAUUGAUGACCUCGUAGAUCGAGUGAACUUUUUCAGGACCUGGUCGGUGCAGUUCGUGGCAGGUGCUCAGCAGAGGAUUGUGGUUCUUCAAGAGAGAUCUGCAUCCCAGCGGAGUGUUACCCAGCAGACCUGUAACGUGAACCCAUCUGCCUUCUGGCUUUCAGCAUUCUUCUCUCCACAGGGAUUCCUGGUGGCUCUAUUACAGAACCAUGCCCGGAAACAUGGUGUGCCGAUGGAUUCUCUCACCUUCAGCUUCCACAUCCUGCCCUUCAGUGAGGACACUGAGGAUCAUUCCAGCCCCACAAAGCAUCGAUCCAAUACCUGGACGAAAGCCUUUAAGGGCAGAGCUGCUCCAGAUGAUGGGGCUGUGCUGUUUGGUUUUUACUUGGAUGGUGCCUCCUGGGACCCCAAGGCAGAGACACUGAAGGACUGCCAUGUGGGCCAGAGAUUCUGCAAAAUGCCUGCAAUACACUUCCUGCCUGUAAAGGUUGACAGCCAAAAGGGAUUGUCCAGGCUGGUGAAGGACUCUCCAGUAGGGGAUCGGUAUUACGAAUGUCCCAUGUACAGGACCUCUCAGCGAGCUGGCUCCCUCUCCACUACUAGCCUGUCUUCUACCUUUAUAAUUGCAGUCCACCUCCCCACUGCCCUGCCUGCCGAUCACUGGGUGUUGCGGGGCGUGGCCCUUGUGUGCCAGAUGGACAAUUGA